GCGAAGCCUCGUUGACCGCUUCGCCUCGUCUUGCCUACCACCCUCCCUCCUCGCCUUCCUUCUCCGAACCCGUGCUUCCGCCCGCUGCUUCCCCUUCCCCUCCCCCAACUCCCCUACGCUCCCCUCCAGACCUCGCCGCCGGCCCCCUCGCCUCCCUCCCCCGCGCGGCCCGCAGAUCAGAGCAUUUUGUGGAAGGACGGACUGCGGGUUGCUUUUGGUACCAUCAGCUAAAGGGUCGGUAGAUUGAUGGCAGUUAUUGGGGCCGUGGAGGAUCUCUCGCCAGCUCUGCUCUUCCUUUGACAUAGCCGUAUGUUUGAUUGUGGUUAGAAAGCUCAAUACAUGGACAGAUACAGAGAGGACUUUAAGAGGCUGGAUGAGUUUAGCCCUAGAUCAUCUGUACAAUCUGAAAUUGGUGGGAGGAGCAGCCUGAGGUUCAGCAUGCCUGGGUUCGGUUAUGAUUCGUUUAAUCCACUAAGAUCAUUCAUGUCAGGGCUGAGAAAGAGUUCUGGAAGACUCAAAUCACUUAGGCACCCCAAUCCAUCUGGUGCUCCUAAGACAGCUUUUGCAGAAGAUCUUAAAUCUUUUAAGAAGAAUAUAUUUGAUCCCCAGCAAAAGUUCCUGCUGCGAAUGAAUAGAUUUUUCUUCCUGUCAUGUAUUUUCGCUGUUGCAGUUGAUCCACUCUUCUUCUUCCUACCCGUCAUCGACAACUCAAAUUGCAUCGGUAUAGAUAAGAAAUUGGCAGUGACAUCAACAGUAGUACGGACUAUUAUUGACUCUGUCUAUCUUAUCCGUGUGUUUCUUCAAUUCCGCACUGCUUAUGUUGCUCCAUCUUCUCGAGUGUUUGGAAGUGGCGAGCUUGUGAUUGAUCCAACGCUAAUUGCGAUGCGUUACAUUAAAAGUUACUUCCUAAUGGACUUCUUCGCACUGUUACCACUUCCACAGAUUGUUGUUUGGAGAUAUCUCCACAGUUCUGAUGGUCCAGAUGUGCUGGCUACAAAAGAUGCACUGGUUUGGGUUGUCCUGUGCCAAUACAUUCCAAGGUUGCUAAGGAUAUUCCCUGUGACCAAAGAUUUGAAAAGGACAGCUGGUGUUUUUAUUGAGACUGCGUGGGCUGGUGCUGGUUACUAUCUUCUCUGGUUUAUGCUUGCUGGCCAUAAUGUUGGUACUCUGUGGUACUUCUUAUCCAUAGAGCGCAAAGAUAGCUGCUGGCUUGCCAACUGUCAUGCCACAGAUGGUUGUGAACCCACCUACUUGUAUUGUAGUGAGAAUCAUGGUGGCAGUGAGAGGUACAAAAAUUGGAGUACGAGUACCCCAAUAUUUAAUCAGUGCAAUGGCACUGAUGAAUCUUUCAAUUUUGGUAUCUAUCAGCAAGCAUUGGUGUCUGGAAUACUUGGUCCAGGAAAUUUUGUCUCUAAAAGUUGUUAUUGCUUCUGGUGGGGAUUACAAAAUUUAAGUACCCUUGGCCAAGGGUUUGUAACAAGUACAUAUCCCUGGGAGGUGUUAUUCUCCAUUGCAAUAUGCAUCCUUGGACUGAUUCUCUUUGCGCUCCUCAUCGGUAACAUGCAGACCUACCUUCAAUCAGUUGCUAUACGCCUUGAAGAGAUGAGAGUUAAGAAGCGUGAUGCUGAGCAGUGGAUGCAUCACCGAUCACUGCCGCCGGAUAUCAGAGAACGAGUAAGGCGGUAUGAACGGUAUAGGUGGUUGGAGACCAGAGGAGUAGAUGAAGAAAAUUUGGUUCAAACCCUUCCAAAAGACCUUAGGAGGGACAUCAAACGCCAUCUCUGUUUGGGUUUAGUGAAAAGGGUACCUUUGUUUGAGAAUAUGGAUGAAAGACUACUAGAUGCAAUAUGCGAGCGAUUAAGACCUGCACUCUACACUGAACAUGAAUACAUUUUGAGGGAAGGUGAUCCAGUGGAUGAGAUGCAAUUUAUUCUCCAUGGUUCCUUGGAGAGUGUGACUACUGAUGGAGGCCGAAGUGGGUUCUUCAACAAGGUCCAGCUAAAGGAGGGUUCUUUCUGUGGCGACGAGCUGCUCACUUGGGCAUUGGACCCCAAGUCUGGUGCUAACUUCCCGGUUUCGUCCAGGACAGUGAAGGCUCUUAGCGAGGUCGAGGCAUUCUCCCUGCGUGCCGACGAGCUGAAAUUCGUGGCCAGUCAGUUCAGGAGGCUGCACAGCAGGCAAGUUCAGCACACAUUCCGGUUCUACUCCCAGCAAUGGAGGACCUGGGGAGCCUGCUUCAUCCAGGCGGCCUGGCGCCGCUACUACAAGCGGAAGAUGGCCGAGCAGCGCCGGAGGGAAGAGGAGGCCGCAAACCGCCAGAGCAGCAGCAGCAGCGGCCCGAGCCUGGGAGCGACCAUCUACGCGUCCCGGUUCGCGGCCAACGCGCUCCGGGGAGUCCACCGGCUUCGGAGCAAGGCUGCUGCUCUCCCCAUUGUGAGAGUGCCGAAGCCCUCGGAGCCAGAUUUUGGCGUCGACGUUGACGACGCGGACUAACAAAAACAGACCAUACUGGGAAUUACCUGUGCUAAUUAAUUAAUUAAGCUGAUACUUCAGGCGUGUAGAUUGUGUACAAAAUUCAAAAGACAGCAGCCGCACACAACAUUGUGAUGAUUGUAAAAGUUUUACUGCUCCAAGGAGUAUAGAAGAUGCAAAUGUAGUAUAAUGUUUCAGUUUUGCUA